CGCUACGGUUGAUCGAGCCAGCGACUCGCCAGGCUGCCUCGUACCCUCGUGGAAUACUGCAUUGGCGCAAACCGACCCUGUAGCAGCCUCCAUCGCCGCGUCCAGCCGCCGGCACUGGCCACAGACUAACCACUACUAAUACCGUGCCUGCUGCUUGUCCUCCCACGCCGGUCUACGGCCCACGACCCACGGUCCACGGUCCACUGUCAUACUUCGCUCUUACGUACUGGCUAUCCGCUCCGAUCCAUGAGCUGAGAUCACAAGCCCUACUGUUACCUUUUUUUUCUCCCCCACCAUCAAUCCGCAAAUUGAAGGCCAUCAGCCUCUAUUCUGCAGGCGGGCUGGCGCGUUUGGAUAACGGUGGCCUCGCCUGUCGAAUAAAUACCCUGCGCCGGGACGACAGUCUUCCACUUUCGGCCGACUUGCACCACCUCCACGGCUUCGGCCUGAAAUCCAGCGAAUAGAGGGCGACGGAGCCAUGCCGGCACAAUUCAACGGACCCGUUACGGGCAGCAUUCCCAUCCAUAUCGUGACCGACCAGACAAACGGGUUCCAUAAGCAACACAAGCAUUCGCGAUCCUCAUACUCAGAGUCGUCUCCCCUCGCCAACUCCAGGAACAAUUCCUUGACAUUUCGCCCGCCUAAGAGGCUCAUGUCUACCCCAAAGACCAUUGCCGUGAUCAAUGCCAGCGGCCGCCAAGCUGCGUCGCUUAUACGCGUAGCUACGGCCGUGGGCUACCAUGUGAAUGCGCAGCUGAGGAAUCUUGAGGGCGUCAUUGCGACUGAGGUAUCGACCAACCCAAACGUCACUGUCUUUGUUGGCGAGCUCUACACCAGACACCAGCCUACCGCAGAGAACCGGGACGUCACCAAGAGUGGCUCCCUACCGGGCGUAGGAGUCAAUCACGAACUGAUCGCAAAUCUUUUCCGGGGCGCGCAGCUUGCAUUCAUCAAUACCACCUUCUAUGGCGACGAGCUGGCAAUCGGCAAGGCUCUCGCCGAUGCAGCCAAGCAGACCAAUAUCCAACACUACAUCUAUUCCUCCAUGCCCGAUCACGCAGCUUACAAUAGCGGGUGGCCGUCGCUGCCUCUAUGGGCCGCCAAACACGAAGUAGAGGUAUAUGUGCGGCACUUGGGUCUCCCCGCUACCUUUGUAUACACUGGAAUCUACAAUAACAACUUUACAUCACUGCCCUAUCCUUUGUUCUGCAUGGAGCUGCAGCCGGACGGCUCCUUUACUUGGCAGGCGCCAUUCCAUGAAGAUGCCAAGCUUCCGUGGCUGGAUGCUGAACAUGACGUUGGACCUGCCAUUUUACAACUCUUUAAAGAUGGCGUAUCCAAGUGGGCUGGGGAGCGCAUUGCCUUGGCGUACGAGUAUCUCACGCCGGUAGAAGCGUGUAAGUUGUUUGCUCGUGGCGUGGGUCGCCGUGUUCGCUAUAUAAGGGGGCCCAUUGAGAUCAAAGUUCGUAUCCCAACAGGCUACCGACAACAGCUAGAAGCGCUGGAGAAGCUUUUCGACCCUAAUGAGAAGGACGCGAAACAGCAGCCGCCAUACUUUGGAGACCCCAAACUGGAAGCUAGCUGCCCGCGGGAGGCGCUUGAGCUGUGGGAGGGCCCCCGAGGACUAGAAGAAUAUGCGAGAGAGAUGUUUCCAUUGGAGGAAGAAGCCAAUGGCUUGACAUGGAUGUUUGAAGAGGAGGAUGAUGGCCACGACGCUCGAAUCGAAGCUCGGAUCCAGGCUACAACGACUUCUGUGGAGAAUAUGAAGAUUCAAGACGAGGCAGAGGACGACUCAUCUGACGACGACGACGAUGUACUUGUCAUGCGAGGUCGCAAGCGUGCCGAGGAAGGCUGGCUCGCUUAAAGAAGGACCUUUGAGCUGCGAGGCGCUAUUAGCUUUGGCCGUGUCUUGAGAUGAAGCCCCCUUGUCAUUGGAUGAAUGAUUACUGUAUUUUUUUAAGCCCCGGCGUUAUACGACACGGAUUUGGAGCCACGGAUUGAGUCACCCGGUGUAUCUGGAGAAUUGCUUCUUUUCUCUCUGUCUUUGUUGUCUUUUUUUUUUUUUUGGUGGCCUUGAAAAAAAGAAGGCGUAGGUGUUUACUGCUUUAUACGGGCUGAAUUUGUGGGGAACAAGGAACCUCUAUGCAACUCAAAAAGAGAAAAAAGUGUUUGGGCAAUGGAUGACGGGAGUUUUCAAGGUGACGAUAUUUUCCUUCUCUUGGCACAAUUGCACAUUUGCGCGGCGUUGGUGGAAGAGUGGAAGCCGAGAGAAAAUAUAUAUCUACCUGUAUACCAAAACCUGAUGAAAGCGCGUGUCUUGGACUUUGUGGAUGAAGGAGGAUUCUAUUCGGGGUAUUCGACGUCCACUUAUACAGCGGUACAUAGCGAAGCGAUCCCGCGAUACGCGUUUCUCUGCGAUUGCGUCGUAUCUUGCUAUAGAGUGAGAUAGUAUGCUAGGUGUAUGGAAUAAGAUUUUUUAUUUGUGAUUAU